AUGAUUCGGUGCCUGAGCUCACGUUACAAAUGGAGCAGCUCGGCCCCGCAGGAAGGCAGGAGAGGGCGUGGGGCAGGCCCGGCGGACGCCUGCGGGCCGGGCGGUCCCGUAGCACACCGGCGCUUCACAGGCGGGGGACACCGCGGCCGAGCGAAGGCUGCCGGCGCCGCCGCGGGCCCGGCGAAGGACGGGAGGGGGGCUGGAGGCGGUUCCGCCGUGCCCCGGCCCCGCUCCGCCCCCGGCCCCGCCCGCCGCCGCCAUGUUGCGGCCCUCGGUGCCCGGUGCAGGGUGAGGCCUGCGCGGGGCCCCGGCGGUGGCGGGGCCCUUCGAGGAGCCGCCUGCGUGGGUGAGUGGCGCCUGGCCGGGCUCGGCCGCGCCGGGGCUCGCCCCUCCCCUCCCUCUCUGCCUGCCUGCCUGCCGCCGGCCGGGCGGUGCUGCCGCCCCGCGGGCAGGGCGAGCGGCCCCGCCGCCGGCACACAGAGCCCUGCCCGCCCGCCGCUCCGGCUCUUCCGGCCCGCGGGGCGCCCGCCGCCUGCUUCUCCGCAACUGGCCCUGUGGGCACGGCCGCGGCCCCGGGUACGGCUUCGGCUGCCGGGCACGGCCCCUGCGGCGGCCCGGCCUCGGCCCGGCUCGGCCCGGCGGAGCCGGGACAAACUUAACUUGAGCGGGCCCGGCCCACGUGGGGCCGGGGGCGGCGGGGCCGGGCCGGGCUGUCAGCGCGGGAGCGGGGGACCGGGGACGCCCCCGGGCCUUUCUCUCGGGUGGCACUUUGGGAUCUCCCUCUCGAACAACAUGGUGGGCACCGCUGUGGAAGCUGUGGAGGAGCUGCUGCCCAUCUACCAAAGCCCCCAGGAGUAG